AUAUAUAUAUACAUUGACCUAACGUCAACCUCUUCUCUGCUCACAUAUUUCUUCAAAACUACAUUUACCCGAUUCUUUCUAUGUAUAAUAGUGUUCUUUGUUGUUGAAGAAACAUAUUUAGGUUUGUUUGAGUGUGAAAGAAGCUUUACCUUGAUCUUUAGGUUUGGGCAGUUGAUCAUAUAAAACUAAGCCGGAAGGCAAGAAAAAGGUGAAGAAAAAAAAAAAGAAUGGAGAAGCAGGAUAUGGAGAAGAAGGGAAAGAUGACUAUCAUGGGUAGAAGCUUAAUAGAUUCAGUGUUUUCUUGGUCCAUUCAUGAUGUUCUUAAUAAGGAUCUUUACAAAGACCAGGUGAAGAAGAUCCCAGAUACAUUCAUGUCAACAGCACAUUAUAUGAAGACAUUCAUUCCCCCACUUCUGGAGGAAACACAUGCUGAUCUGUGUUUAAGUGUUCAAGCACUGUCCCGAUCACUGACAACUGAAAUACACUCUAUUCAUAAUUCCAAGCAGUAUAAACCUCCGCGGGACUUGUUUUACGAAGUUGUCCUGAAAAGGAGAGAGAAUAGGAGUAGUGGUGGAUCAUAUGAGCCUCAGGUUGGAGAUCUUGUUGCCCUGACGGAUGUCAGACCAAAAUGUAUUGAUGAUUUGAGGUUAUCCAAACAAUCCUUUCUUAUUGCCUAUGUUCGUGGGGUCAAAGGUGAGUAUUCUGAUACACUUUCGAUACUAUCAUCAAAACCCAUUAUUACAGAACAAGGUGCGCAGAAGAAUAAGAAGAAAGAAACACUUUUUGCUGUUUACUUGAUAAACUUGACGACAAAUAUUCGCAUAUGGGGAGCAAUUAAUUCAGAGUUGGAAGGGAUGAACAUGAAUAUUAUUAAGGAAGUGCUGCAAAACAAUUCUAGCGAGAAUGAAUAUUGCAGCAUAUGCUCUUCUCAAGCAAAUAAAGAUGUUUUCUUAUCAUGCAUAAGGGACAUGUCAGAUUCUCUUAAUUUGAAUGAUUCACAAAAAGCUGCAGUUUUCAGCUGUAUCGCUGCAAGGCGGUGCUCUCAUCGAAGUAUAGUCAAAUUAAUUUGGGGCCCUCCAGGAACUGGCAAAACAAAGACAGUUGGUUUCCUGCUGUAUGCCUUAUUUACAAUGAAAUGCAGAACACUUACUUGUGCCCCAACAAACAUUGCAGUGUUAGAAGUGGCAUCCCGUGUCCUAAAUUCAGUUGUGAAGCUACUUCAAUAUGACACCUAUGGGAUUGGUGAUAUAGUUCUUUUUGGAAACCAAGAAAGAAUGAAGAUAGAUAAUCAGAGCGAACUUUUCGAUAUAUUUCUUGAUAAUCGUGCAGACACACUUAGCAGUUGUUUUGCUCCAAAGUCUGGCUGGAAGCAUAGUCUAGCAUCCAUGAUAUGCUUACUGGAAAACCCUCAAGAGCAGUAUCGAAUGUACUUGCAGGAGGACAGAACAGAGAAAGAUAAAGAGGAUAAAAAGGUUGAGAAGGAACAGCAGAUGAUUAAUCAAAAGAAAGGAGAGGAGAAUUACAAUGGAAACCGCAAAGGAAAGAAGAAAAAGAAUGGGAAAAAAGUAAUUGUAAAAGAAAUGAAAAAGGAAGAACAGAAGGCAAGUUUGCAUAUCCAGAAAGAUAAGCAAAAACUGAAGGGUAAGGAACAUGAGGGUGGAGAUGGUUACUUUAAGAACAAGAAAACUGAACAGGAGGUGGUUGCAAAAUGCGAGGUCAUGACACUAGAGGAAUUCGUAGAAAAAAGAUUCAAAACAAUUGGAGAAAGGUUGAAAUUCUGCAUUGUAAAUUUGUAUACUCACUUGCCAACUUCUUCCAUUUCAUUAGAGUUGGUUAGAAACAUGAUAGGAGCUCUUGGUCUGCUGGCAUCUCUUGAAACCUUGUUAAAUAGUGUCAAUAUUGCCAAGCAAGGGUUCAAGCAAGUUCUUGGGAUAGAUGAGAAUGCAGGAAGCAUAACUAGCAGUCAUAUGAAGUUGAGUAUGACAAGAAAAGAGUGUCUCAGUAUACUAAAAUCACUUCCUCCAACAUUCCCAGUUCCAGAUUUUACCAGUACUUUUGCUAUAAAAGAAUUUUGCUUGGCUAAUGCUUGCCUUCUUUUCUGUACUACAUCAAGCUCCAUUAAGUUGCACACAAAAAGAAUGACACCUCUGCGUUUCUUGGUUAUUGACGAAGCUGCGCAGCUCAAAGAAUGUGAAUCAACGAUUCCCUUGCAACUUUCUGGUCUUCAUCAUGCCAUUCUUGUUGGAGAUGAAAGGCAAUUAUCUGCAAUGGUUAACAGUAAGAUUUCUGAAGAGGCUGGAUUUGGAAGGAGUCUGUUUGAGAGGCUGGUAAAGUUGGGAUACAAGAAGCACCUCUUGAACAUCCAAUACAGAAUGCAUCCAUCUAUAAGCUUAUUGCCAAAUAGGGAGUUCUAUGGCAAGCAAAUCUUGGAUGCUCUAAAUGUUAAAGAAAUAAGCCAUGAGAGACGUUUCCUUGAAGGAAAUAUGUAUAGUUCCUAUUCUUUUAUAAACAUCUCUCACGGAAAAGAGGAAUUCGAUGAGUUCAGAAGUUUGAGAAAUAUGGUAGAGGUUGCUGUAGUUUCUGACAUAGUAGCUAACCUGUUUUCAGAAUUCAUUAGCACGAAGAAGAAGGUAAGCAUAGGCAUCAUAUCACCAUACAAGGCUCAGGUUCAUGCAAUUCAAGAGAAGAUUGGAAACUAUAGUUCAGGCUCUGAUGCAGAAUUCUCUGUAAAUGUUCGCUCUAUUGAUGGCUUUCAAGGAGGAGAAGAGGAUGUAAUAAUUUUCUCCACUGUUAGAUGUAACAACAAAGGAUCAGUGGGUUUUCUUUCCAAUUGUCAAAGAGCAAAUGUGGCAUUAACGCGUGCAAGGUAUUGCCUCUGGAUAUUGGGAAAUGCAGCCACUUUAAAUAAGAGUGGUUCUAUUUGGAAGAAGCUUGUUGCUGAUGCAGAAAGACGAAGGUGUUUUCAUAAUGCUGAUGAGGAUAAUAGAUUGGCUCAAGCUAUAAUAGCUGCCUUGAUCGAGCUUGACCAACUUGAUACUUUACUGCAAGCGACUUCUCCUUUAUUCAGGAAGGCGAGAUGGAAGGUUUUCUUCAGCGAUGACUUUCAGAGAUCAAUGGAAAGACUCAAGGAUGUCGAAAUUCGCAAGAAAGUGAUUUCCCUCUUAGAAAAACUUUCAAAUGGUUGGCGUCAAUCUGACAAAGACAACGACCAAAUUGUGCAUGAUGGGAUCUCUUUCCAACUUCUACAGCAAUAUAAAGUUAAUGAACAGCUAAAUAUUGUUUGGAGUGUGGAUAUUCUCCAGGAAAAUUCAUUUCAGAUUCAAGUCCUGAAGAUCUGGGAUGUUUUGUCAUCAUCUCAUGUUGCAAAGCUAGCAGAGAGCCUUGACAACCUGUUCAGGAAAUAUACAAUAGAUAAGAUUAAUUGCUGCAAAUACAAAUGCUUCGAAAGGAAUCUAGUUGUUCCAAUGAGAUGGCCAGUGAACUCCUCUAAUGUUCAUCGGGGAAGUACUUCUGGAACUAAUCUCUUGCAGCUGUCGGAGUCACUAGCAGCACUCAGCCUAAGGGAUCAAUCAAGUUCUUCCACUACUGCUAAUAAAGUGAAGCGUAAAGGCAAGACUGCUGGAUCAAAACCCAAGUAAAAUGGAUUCAAGAUGAUGGGUGGUAUAUGUGUUACAAUAUAUAUGUCCAUGUAAAGGCUAAUUAAAUGGACAAAUAAAAGGAUUAAACCAUAAAAAAUCCCCCCUUGAACUUAGGACCUUUUCCCGAUUAAAUCCUGAAUUGAAAUUAUUUGCUAUAGAGCCCCUGACGUACAAUAUGCAACAUUCAAAGCGAGUGAAGUGUUUUCAAAAUUUGUGCUACUAGGCCCUUCAACUUUAUUAGUUUAUGCUAUUAAGUCCCUCAACUAUUAAUAUAUUGUAUUAUUGAGCAUUAAAUUAUGAUGACUGUAUGUCUUUUUCCA